AUGUUAUAUAAGUGUAAUAAUGUUCGCAGCACUGACUGGCAGAUUUUGGUGGCAAAUUCAGGUGUCGGCUUACCAUCUUCGAAGCAUAAGAUCGCUGUUGGGGAGACGUACUCGUUCACUUGCGGAUUUAACGUGCCAGCGCUUACCCCAAGUAUGAACGUGCCUGGUUUGUUGGAGACCUGUUACAUGGUUAACAUAGCCGUUGGUCGCGCACACAACUUCGUGAUCGCCUCUUUAAGGGUACCGAUCACGAUUGUCACUGAUAUUGUUAAUAUGGAGCGAGCUGUUCCUGCUCAGCGUGAAGAUUUACUGAUUGAACUGACACCACCAACGUGGAAGAAGACGGACGCCGGCAAUCGAUCUCCUCGCGUGAAAAGCGAUCGUCUAUCUCUAUACACUUUGAAUGUUUGUAUGUACACUGAAAUGCAUAAAUCUCAACGCUUCUGUUAA